CGUCUGCAAGUUGACACACCGUGUUGACAGGAAAGACCGAAAUGCCCUUGACGGUGAUCGGAAGUGCGGCAGACACUCAAUCACAAUACUGACAUUUGAGUAAAAACUCCACUCUCCUGAACCAUGGAGUUAAUGAUGCCAACGACCGACAAAACGGAGGAGGAAGUUUUGUCCGCUCGUGCCGUCGAACCGUCGGUCAACGAGCGCUUACGGACGAACGAUCCGUCACUAACCCGUCUCGAUGUGACGUCUGCGACUUUCAAAGACUUCUCCUUGUAUCGCAAAAUGGACUUUCUGCACUCCCUGCGCGCGAACAGCGUGGUGAAGACCGUGCAUUUAUCCGCCAGUGGUUUGCAGCAAGUGUGGACAAGGAUUCAUCUCGAAGAAUUGGUGGAUGCCAUUUGUUGCCUGCCGCGGCUUGAGGAACUCUUCGUGUUCAAGGCCGAUAACCACGUUUUCACAGAAGAAAUCUUGGCAAAUGCACUCCUCCGGGCGGAGCAACUCAAGGUACUCAUGCUCUGGGAUUUUUCCGACUUUCGCCCCACACUGGCCGGUGCUAUUCGUCAACUACCCAUGUUGGAACGCAUCACGAUUUCCCUACCCCACGAUCUGCCCUGGGCCGCAAUGGACGUUUAUGUGAUGGGCCUGGCCGAGCACGAAACUUUGCAGUGCCUCAGUUUGCGGUGUCAGGGUGGAAAAUGUCGGGAAGCUGUCGUUUCGCCUGAAGCGAUGCACUUGCUCCUGACGUCCACCUCCAUACACACUCUUUAUCUCGAGAAUUUGGGCUUGACGGACGAUCACACGGACGCCAUGGCGGAUGAGUUGCGGCACAGCAACCGGGUACUUAAAUCACUGGACAUCAAGAGCAACUAUUUCAGCGACGACGCCUUAUACACGUUUGCCGGCAUGCUUCCACACAACAAAACUUUGACUUCGAUCGACUUGUCCGGUGUAGUCGUAACCGAAGGUGGUGGACGGAAGUUGGCUGAGGCGAUGCAGCACAAUCGAGUCCUGACUAAUUUGGAGCUGGAAGGUUACGCUGAGCGAUACGUGGACGAAUUUCAUAUUCCCGAGGCGUCGGAAAAUACUGACUGGCACCGGGCCUUGGACUUUUACAUUCGCCUCAACCGGGCUGGCCACGAUUGCCACCAACGCCCGGCCUUUGUGGAAUCUCUCAAUUCCGUGUCGGAUCACCUCGGAUGCUUGUACCACGUGCUUCGACAGCACCCGGAGCAUGUCCGUAAUGCUGCCAACGAGUUGCAGACGACACCGAUUCACAUUGGGAGCAAUUUUAGUAUUCCAGUGGUAUGAGCUGGUUCAUAUACAGAUAUACUAAGUGAACAAUGCUUCGGUAGCAAUGGCGACACAAGAAACAUGAGCAGUUGCUCAACAAUCGGCAUCACAUCAGAUCUACGCAACCAAAUAAAACUAUAUUUCGCAUAUU